AUGCGCCAUAUACUCAGAAAGGAGGAUAGUCCAGCAAAGCCCCGUUGCAUGCAAGAAAUCAACAGCAGAAAUAUUAAGAUGGUAUACAUAUGUGGUAAUGAGUCCGCACCUCACAAUGAGAAGCUUCCAAGGCAAGAUUACCCAGUGCGCUAUAUGGAUGACUUCCUGUGCAAGCCUCUCAAACGAGAUCGGGAAUCUCUCCUCGCCUCGGUUGCCCGCCAUGGCUGCCGCGAUGCUCCGCUCAAAUUCAAGCACGGCAGCGCCCCUCCCCCUUCCCUUCCUCCACCAGUAGAUCCACCGAAGCCUGCCGAGCCUUCCCAGCCCCUCAACUUCGUCUCGCCGCCGCCGGAGCGCCAUGCCCAUCCUCACCCGCAGCCACCGUCCACCGCGGCCGUGGCUCCGCCCUUCCCCGUGCUCCCCAGCGACCAUUCUUCCCACAGACGGGUGCGGCUCCUUCCCCUAAGCACGCCGAUAGGUCGAGCGUCGCGAGAGGUUGCCGGAGUCAUCGGGAAUCCGCGUUGGGCCGCCGGCCUUGUCUCUGCAUCGCGAGUGAGCGGGCGGAGGAAGAAGGAGACCUGCCAGCAGGCCCCCUCCCCGCGGACCCCACCUGGCAGCCACUCAAGGCCGGCCCCGCUCCGCCACGUCAGAUUAGUGGAGACGUACUCACCGGAGUACGCUUUCCCUUCUCGGAAACGCCUUCCGUCUCUUCUCCAGAUCAGAAUACGUUUUCCUCUCAGCUCAGGGGCCUGGUUGAAGAAAUCUUUUUAUAGAUUGGUCCCUGGACUUCGUCGGGCUAUAACUUUUUGCUCGAGACUCCAAUUGAGCCCCCUUUGGGAGAGAACUGUUUCCGGCGAAUCUUUCCGCGGCUUCACCGCACCUCUUCCCGAAGUACCCUUCAUCCCCAGAUGCUUGCAUGGUAGCAUUAUUGAUAUGUUCUUGCAUGAUAUCUAUCGCUGA